AUGGUAAACUUUCCAGCGCCCGUGGGUGGAACAGCCUAUGCGGACGACUUCGCGCCGUCGAUCUUAUUUGCCGUGCUCUAUGCUGCUCUUGUACCUCUGAUGCUCUAUCGCAUGUUUGAUAGAAGGUCACGAACCAUUCUUUUGAUGCAAACCGUGACAUUCUCCAUCGAAAGAGUUGUUAUAUUUGCAUUACGAGCAUCUCAGUCCCGCAAUGACCACAGGCGCCUUUCGCCUGGACUCGCAACUUACAUGCAAGUCAGCUUUGGAAUGGGCUAUCUGGGAAUAGCUCAAGACCUGGUUAACUUACUUCGGUGUAUGCUUGUGAACCCAACAUACGGGUCCGACACGUACUUCCAAUCUCCAGCAGCUAUGACAAAGGGAGGGAUCUACUCUCCUCCACCUCCUGGAGUACCAGAUGAGCCAAAGCUACGGGGGCUCUUACGUGCCUUGAUGGGAUAUAUGUCAUUGGCCUUUUUUGCUGCCUUAGUCCCUGGCAUCAUUGCCAACUCAGUUUAUCGUAAAGGCUUUCACAACCAAGAUACCGCUAACAGGACAGCAUCUCUUCGAUUUGUGAGCUCAGGGGUCACCCUUGGGUUGUGUCUUUUGAUUAUGUUCACUGCUGUGUGGAGCUUGAAGAGGUUUCCAAAAAACAGCAAGCGCGCAACCGGGGUCGUGUUUUCCGUGUCCGGUUUGAUGGCGGUGGUCGCUGUUUAUCGUCUAUCGAUAAUGCAUUUUAAAACGACUUCUCUUUCUGAUCCAAACCCGUUGAAUGACAGUGCGGCUAAAGCUACAUUUUAUAUUUUCCAUGUCCUUCCUGAGUGGGUAGCCAUCACCACACUACUAAUUCCCAACAUCCGAAAGUUGCUUGGCACAGGAAUGUGGGGUGAUUUCAGAUGGAGAGACAUGACACCGGCCCAAGUGGAAAAGUGGAAGACACAACAGGCGAAGAGGGAACAUGAGAGAAAUAAAAAAUCUGGGUUAUCUGGAGAUGCUCAUGAUGAGAUACCCCUCCAAGAGAAGACAAAGAAUACAACAAGCGAGGUUCGGGUGGCGGUUUAG